UCUUCUUGAUACGAUAGAAAGAAGAGAUAGAAGUAGAGUUAAAAAGGAAGGUAGAGAUGGUAAGCUAUAGCCGUUAACUUUAAAAAAAUAGAGUAUAGAGAGAAACCCCUAUGAAGAAAUACCUAUUGAUAAAGUCCUAGGCAAAGAAAGAAAUUCACGGUAUAACAGAUAGAGACAUCUACGAAGAAGCAUUGAUAGACGUGGUAGAGAUAGGGUUAAAGAUAGGGGUAGGGGUGAUAAGGGGUAGCGUGGGGCAUGUGAGUACAGUGUCGCCAUGAUGCUGGGCGGAAUGGACGGCAAGGAGUAUGGCGCCCUGCACGCUGCGGCCGCCGCUGCGGGAUAUGCCAUGGAAGCAGAUCCCAAUGCCAGCGCAAUGGGCAACCCUGGCAUGGGCGCCGGCGCCCAGCAGUAUGGCGAGGUCAACCAGCUGGGCGGAGUGUUCGUCAACGGCAGACCACUGCCCAACGCCGUCAGACUGAGGAUUGUGGAGCUGGCGCAGUUGGGAAUCAGGCCUUGUGAUAUAAGUCGACAACUCCGGGUAUCCCACGGCUGCGUUUCCAAAAUCCUGGCGCGGUACCACGAGACUGGUUCUAUCCUACCUGGCGCUAUUGGUGGCUCCAAGCCUCGAGUCACCACCCCUAAGGUGGUGUCAUACAUCAAGCAGCUGAAAGCCAAAGAUCCCGGCAUAUUCGCGUGGGAGAUCCGCGACAGACUGCUGGCGGACGGCGUGUGCGACAAGUACAACGUGCCCUCCGUCUCCAGCAUCAGCAGGAUACUGCGCAACAAGCUGGGGGGCGCGCUGUACCCCGUACCGCCCCUGUACCCCGUGCCUCCGCAGCGAUGUUGGCCGCUGCAUCAGCCCUACGACUACUAUGUCUACCUGCAGGGCCGGCAGCACGCAGCCAGCGCGCAGCACGGGCUACCACACACACACGCACCUCCCCCGCCGCAUCAUGCGCACGCGCAUGCGCUUUGACAUGCGGCGUCCGUGCCCAUGCACGCGCACGCACACCCGCAGCCACCAUGACCUAAGCCCACACGAGGGAAGAUGGAAACGUUAAAGUGGUGUGUGUGAUCAGUGACAUAAUAGCUAUUGUGUGUGCUAUUAGUAUAUUAUGCAGAAGACUGAAUAUUCGCAAGAUACUCAGUGAUACAGUUACAAAAAUGUUACCCUAGUCAAAUGCUAUUAAAUGAUAAAUAGGCUCCUCUCGCCAUCUUCACUCACGAUGAAAACUUCGUAGCUUUAUACUCUAUCCACGGGAAAAUAGUUAUUAUAGGACUCUUUCUAUAUUAGGCGUAAUCCCAUACAAAUGACAGCGCCAAAAAACUCAGUGAGCGUAUAUUAUUUUGAUGCACUAACCAAUCACAAACGAAACUAUAGUUUCGAAUUGAAUCUCGAAUGUUUUAUAAAACAUUUUCGAAUUUAUUAUUUUUCAUUAUUUAUUAUUAUUGAAUUUAUUAUUUUAAAAAAUGUUUAAUUGAUUAUUUAUUAUUUUGAAAAAAUGUUUACGAUUGGUUGAUUACUCAAAAUGGCUAUCGUCCACGGAGUUUUUUGACUUUGUCUUUAUAUGGGAUUACGUAACAGAGAGAGCCCUAUACUAACUUCUUUCCGUGGAAAGAGUAUGCCAACGUUAUUGUUGAAAUUAGCAGGUGUGAAGUCGUGCAGCUUAGCAUUUAAAUAGGGUAAUAUUCCGUUUGUUUCAUAAAAUAACUAUCUUUACAAAUUGGAUUAAAGAAUUUGAUAAAUUGGAGUCCUAUAAAGUCACUUCAAACCGAAAACGACUCAAAAUCUAUUGUAUAUAAAAUAUAUUUAAUGACAUUUAAUACAAUAUGUGUUUUAACUAUAAAUGUUCACAUGAUACGCUUAUCAGUAGGUAAUUGAUAAGAAAUCUUUUCAUUUCAAUUUUUAUUAUACCUACUUUACGCUUUAUGUAAUUAAAUCAACAAUAAAAUAGCCAACACAAUAUUAUGUUGUAAGUACGUCUGAACUUUGAAUGAACCGCUGUGGCACAGUGGUUAUACUGUCCGACCUCAAUUCUGAGUUGAUAUUUAAAUCGACUUGAGCAUAUCCAUAUGCUACAUAUUAAUGUCAUAUUAUCAUGAUCAUUGAUCAUCCCAUUGCCUGAGAACGGGUCUUUUGUCAGAAUGGCUUAGACCGUAGUCCGCCACGCUGGCCUAUAGUACGAAUUAGCAUUAUUUCAAGCAGACUUCACUUAUAACCUUUGUGGGACGA